UCAGGCUUAAUGGGGUAUAAAACCUCCCCGGCGCGGCGGCUGUGAUAGGCAGAGAGAGCAAUAGGGAGAAAUGAGUAAGAGCCAGAGCUGAAAUAGUGCACGGCAUAAUUCCUGCUCUGUGGUCACGGAGCCUCCGAGUGCGAAACCCGGGAGAGGGGGCAGAGAGAGGCGGUUAUCAGCUCACCCUCUGCAACAGGCUCAGGACAGGACGUCUGGAGAUAUUUAUAGAUAUUAAAACAAAAACAACAACCUUACCCUGAAUAGACCCUUUCUUAAAAAGAAAGUCCUGGCAAUUCUGUCUUAUUUAAGCAAUUUCCUGAGUCUAAGAAUAGAAAUGAGCUGCCUGGAAGGCACUGCAGGCUGAAAUUUGGAGACAUAGGCUGCUUUAUUUUAUUUUUCCAAGUAUAAAACCUUCCACUUGGAUACUGGAUUUUUGUGACAGUCUUUGAAACGGAGGGAUGUAUGGUUACUUUUAAUUUUACUUUUUUUUUUUCUCUCUCUUUAAUUAAAAAAAAAAAGAAAAAAAACUGUCUCCCAGUUAUACAGCGAGGAAACCGUUCUACCUGCAUGUGACAAUCCCAAAGGACAUCGAUCAAGAAGCAGGGGAGUGACUUGGUCUUCUGCACUGUUCUGCUCCUACCCCGAUUUUUUAGGGGAACAGAAGGAUUUUUCCAGUCCAAGAAUCCGUUGCCCCCCACGUUUCGGAAGGGGGCUGAAGACUUGUCACCCAUCCGGGGGUGCAUGAAGGGUAGUGGUUUUCUUUCUCUCUUAACUUGGUUCUGUGAAGGGUUGGAAGAGAAUUUUGCCUUCCUGGCUUGCCUGGAAGAAGAGGAUGAUUUGGAAAUGGCUGGGCGCUUUGCUGCUUUUCCCCGUGCAGAUGGUUUAUUUGGUGGUGAAAGCUGCCGUGUGCGCGGUGCUGCCGCCCAAGCUCCGGGACCUGUCCGGGGAGAGCGUGCUCAUCACCGGCGGGGGCCGGGGCAUCGGCCGCCACCUGGCCAGGGAGUUCGCGAGGCGAGGAGCCAGGAAGAUCAUCCUGUGGGGUCGAACUGAGAAAUGCCUGAAGGAGACCACAGAGGAAAUCAGGAUGAUGGGGACAGAAUGCCAUUAUUUCAUUUGUGAUGUAGGAAACCGAGAGGAGGUCUAUCGGCAAGCCAAAGCUGUGCGGGAGAAGGUGGGCGAUAUCACUAUCCUAGUGAACAAUGCUGCUGUGGUCCAUGGUAAAAGCCUGAUGGACAGUGAUGACGAUGCACUGCUCAAAUCACAACAUAUAAACACCCUAGGACAGUUCUGGACCACCAAAGCAUUCCUGCCAAGGAUGCUGGAGUUGCAGAAUGGACACAUUGUUUGCCUGAACUCUGUCCUAGCCUUGUCAGCCAUCCCUGGUGCCAUUGACUAUUGCACCUCCAAAGCCUCGUCCUUUGCCUUUAUGGAGAGCCUGACCUUGGGGCUGCUAGACUGUCCUGGAGUGAAUGCCACAACAGUCCUGCCCUUCCACACGAGCACAGAGAUGUUUCAGGGCAUGAGAAUCAGGUUCCCUAAUCUUUUUCCUCCUCUCAAGCCAGAGACUGUGGCUAGGAGGACAGUAGAAGCCGUGCAGAUGAAUCAAGCCUUCCUGCUCCUUCCAUGGACGAUGCAUGUUCUUGUCAUCCUAAAAAGCAUUCUCCCUCAGGCAGCACUUGAAGAAAUCCACAAGUUUUCUGGAAGCUACACCUGCAUGAACACUUUUAAAGGCCGAACAUAGACUUGGUGGUGGAAGGACUAUUCUUCAGCGAAACCAACACAAGCAUGAAAAUCCUGACAAGACUGUGAAUCAGCAGUCUUGGCUUUUAGCCUGUUCAUGUGACUUGCGCUGCUUUGAGGCAACACAUUUCUUGCAGGUCAUAUCCAUAGUAACAUGACCUUUGCACAGGAUUGAAUGACUAGACUAUGGAACCUUGGAAAGAAAAAAACAAAAGCGUGAAAUGUUUAUAUGAUGUUUAAUUCUUUAGAGUUCAAUUGUUAAAUCUACUUAUAGGUUUAAGAUGUAAUUUUUGUUUUUAAAGUGUCUGUAAGCUGUCUCAGCUGAGAGGCAGCACAUCACACCCCAGACUUUAUGCAUUCUCUUCAGAGGAACUGCAAUUGCAAAUUGAUUAUGAUUUCAUUUCAGCUUUUUGAAUGGGAAACUUAAAAAAUAGUUUGAAGAACUACAAGUUAUGGACAUUUAAUGGAAGCUUCCUUCCCUUCCUUCACUUGACGUUGAUGAAGCUGCUCCCAGCUCAUGUCAAGGAAGGAGCAAGCUGUGGAGCAAACUGCUGUUUUCUUUGUUAAAGGCCACCCAGAUCUCCUCUCAGAAGGACUGUUCUGUGUCCAGGAAACCUGUCUUACUGCACCUGUGAGGGCUGGAGGGGGAUGCUCAGUCAGGAGAGCAUACAGUUUGAAUAGUGGAAGAUUCCAUCAGUGAGCUCAUAUAUGAAAUUUAAUUGUCUUUCUGAAUAUUUUUGUUCAUUUAUGAUGAAAAUAUAUAUAUAUUUUAGCAUUAAUCCCAGAUUGCCACGCAUGUAGGCAGCAUCAGAUUGGGAAUGAACUAAAUCUAGAACUACAGCUAGAGCCUUCUUGUACAAACACACAUUCACUGACAAUCCAUAGAGAGUAAAAUCCAUUGUAUCAAUCUGCACAAUGAAAUAAGUGGAAUAAUUCUCUGAAAAUAGAAGAGACAGUACUGUAGUGCUCAUGAAAUGUGAAGUUUGGAAGCACAGUUAGCAAAGAUCUGAUUAAAUGCACGUUGAAUUCAACUGGGAAUAUACCCAUUGUUUUUAGGGACAUUGAAUCGGGCACUGAUAUGUCAAAAGUGAUAAUCAGCCAAAAGUGAUAACUAUUGCUUGGACUGAAAUGCCAGAAGCAGCUAGACAUUAUUUAUUUUUGUAAUGAUAUACUCUCUUUGACAGCCCAGUAAGAGCAACACUGCAUUCCUGUGCCAGAUGCAGCGUGCAACACUAGGCACAGUAAUGUAAUCGAAACAAAUCAGAACACCACUAAGAGGCAUUAAUGUAAUUGCAAUACAGGAACGUAGCAAGCGGGACUGGAGAACACCUGAAUGAAGCGUCUGAAGGAAAGCCCCAUGGUUAAAGUACAGGAGUAAAGUUAGCACUCCUGGCUUGAAUUUUGGCCUUAUUUCAGAUGUCCUGUGUGACCCCGGGCAAGAUGAUAAUCUCAAGGUGCACCUUGACCUGCAAAACAGAUAUUUCUAGUGUUCCCCUACCUCAAAAGUUGUCUUACUACCUUAAUGUUUGUCAAAUGCUCAACAAAUUCAAAUGGAACACGCUAUAGAAAGGUUUUAUGCAAAAAUUUUAAAAAGGAAAAAAAAAAAAGGAAAAAACAGAUACCUCAAAGGUUGCAAUCUAUAAUUUCUUACAGAGAUCUGAGUUCCAGCAAAAAAGCUGUGAGCUGCAUUCGAGAUGUUUCUUUGGCUCUGCCCUGUAGAAUGGAGAUCAACUACUUAGAAGCAAUGAUGUGAAUGUUAAAAUCUGAAGGCCUGAUCCUUACUACAAAUCAGUAGAUGUAUCUCUUCUUAAGCAGUUCAAGAGGAAGAUAUUGCAAAAAAUGUCAUUGAUGCAAGCCCCUUUGCCUGCACGGGUACUUUGAGGAGUUCUCUCUAGGUCAGUGCUUUCCUUCUGAGUGCAGAACAUACAAGCUGUAGCACUGUGCCAGCUUUGACACGGUUUCUUACAAUGGAGUUUUGUUUUGAAUUCCUAGAUGUCUGAGGCUGUCUGGAGAGGAUGAAACUUUGAUCUCUGUGAUUUUGAUGCCCACUCUAAUAGAUGCUUUCAGCUUCAUUUUUUGUCAAUUUUUGAGAGGAAACCUAUUUCAUUGAAAACACAGCUGCAAUGAGGGGAGAACUCUUCCAGGAUCUGCCAGGAAUACGAAGGUACUACACUUAACCAAGAGACCCAUGGGAAAGGAAAGGAUGAUUCCUCACCUUAGGCACUGUCAUCCUUUCUGUUUUCUCAUUGACCACAGUCAGGAAUGCCAGGCUUGUAGAUGUGACAGCAAACAGAACUGGUGAAACAGGACACCUCACAGUGUCCUCCUUAAAUCAAACCUUUAUGUUGAGACUCUAUUCAUUAAUGACAUCCUAAUGCAAAAGUGAGGUUAAAAAGUAGUGCACACAUUGAAGUGCAUUCUCCACUCAUCUCCAAAUCCUGUCCCUUACAUGAAUCUGCUCUUUCUCUGCACUGCAUAAAAGAUGUUCCCUAUCUUCAGAGCUUGUCUUACAUACUAAGUGCUGUUGAUUUCUUUCUAAUGAAUAUAAACAAGUCAGAAUGUAGCAGAGACUCAUCGUCUCACUCCUCUCAUACACACACACAUGCACACUUCCCUCUCUCUUUCCCUCAGGGUCUCUGAGCGGACAGCAGGUCAAAUAGCAGUCACAGUGGGGGAGAGGUAUGCAGCAAACAGAAAAUAAUGAGGAAAACAUUGACUUUGCUUUUCAGAUAGUAAGGAAGAGUUGGGUAAGAGAGUUUCUUCACUUGUGAAUGUUGCGAGAUAGAAUGCUCUACAUACAGUGAGAUACUUGCAAGUCUGGAUGAAUACAUAUGAAGAGGGGUUUUUUUGUUUUUUAAAAGAAAGCCUCUGGAAUGCCUGCUGAGGUCUGCUGUCCCUUUGCACAUAAGGUUGGUAUUGGGUAAUUUUGAAGUGCUGCAAAUGUGGACAAGCUUUGUAGAAGCCUAAGGCCUUCUCAAAGGCAUUUCCGCCCUUUGACUUAUUUUAAUUCUGGUUUUCCCUGCUCUCUCCACUGCCUCCUGCUUUCCACUCCACUAAACUUUUUUUUUUUUUCCUUCUGUAUUCCUGUGUCAUUACUGCACUUUUCAGUGCCACCAUCUUGAAGCCAGAUGUCAUACAAAGGGUCUGGACUAAAUCUAAAUCAGGGUAUGUAUUUAUUAUGCAGCUGGAGGAAUCAAGGUGAAGCUGUAGGAGCAGGUCACAGAGGUUUCGUAUGAAAUUAGGUAAGUUCUUCAGGUUUUACUUGCUCCAAUCUAUGAAUUAAAAGGCCCUUACUGUAGUUUAUAUACAGGAGAUUGCUGCUGUUUUAAAAUUGGAAUGAUGAUAAAGAAAUGGUAGUCAUUGUGGGACAUGCAUUGUCCUGACAUAAAAAGACCCCUUAUUUAAAUGAAAAGACCCUGUAUUUAAAUGACCCUCUAUUUAAAUUUUAAAUAUUUUCAGUUCCAGGUGGUUUCAAAAUCUGGUAUUUGUACCAAGGAAUUUUCAUAAUUAGCAAGUCAGGGUAGGGGGAGAGAGGGAAAGGCUGGAAGGAGUCAUUUGUAAGUAAAUCUGAUUUUUAUUGAUUUUGUAUUUAUAUUUUUUUUUUAAUUAAAAAAAAAUAAUCUCAUGCCUUCAUGCAACCUUGGUAAACUUUAAAAAGAUCCUUCCUGCUGUAUGGUAUUUUUAGGAGGAUGAAGAAAAGAGGAGUGAGCCCUGAAAGUGGGAACUAAACCCUACCUACCCAUGCACUGUUUUAUUGAGGUUAAAAAGUGACAGAGUCCAUCACAAUAAUUCUUCUAGAAUCACAGAAAGUGCCUGGGCAAGCGAUUCUACUGUUUGCAAAGAGAAACUUGUUGUACUUUUAUGUAAUGUGUUAAUUAGUGUGGGUGGAUAUGACCAGAUCUAGUCUUGCAAGCCUUUCAGACAACUCCCUGAACACUCCCACCUUGAGAUAUUAACAGAUAGCAUUACACUUGCCAAAUCUCAUAAAAGCCCACUAACAGACUUAAUGCAGGCACAGUGUAAGUGGGUGCAUUUAUUUCAAAGAGAACACAUCUGUUUGUAGCAGACGUGAAUUCGGCCUAGUGUUUUCGUCUAGCUGACAUUCGACUGCUGAGAAAAGAAUACAGGGUGACCUUGGAUCGUCUAUUUUGCUUUUAUUUCUUCAUGUGUCUUUAAUAAAUUAAAUCUGGGCGAUGGCCACUUUUUUGACAGCCCUUGUUCAUAAGUUUUUGGGGUAAAGCAAGCUUAUGUCAAAUGCAUUUUACACAUUUUUCACCAAACAAACAACAACUCUGAGAACCAGGAUAUUCUGCAUUGUCUUUGCAGCUCGCACCUCCCUGGUGCUGAGAUCCUCAGUCUUGUGUUGUUUCUCAGCCUGCUGGAGUUCGGAAAUUGAGCGAACCCUGUCAGUCACAAGCAGCAGUUGCAGUCAGCAGUAAACAGGACACUCUUUGUUGGAGUGCUUUUCUGAAAGAGGGUUGUGAAUAGUGGCAGGCACCUCUCACACACUUUGGCAACUCGGAGAAAGGCAAGAAGAAAACCUGAACUUCACCUUGUUCCCUGCUGCUCAUUCUCUUUUUAUCCAGCGUGUCCCACAGGAAGCUGGCAAUUCAGUCACCUCAGCAACCAACAAACUGUCUUCCUACCCUCUAUUCUACUGAGAUCACAUCAAUACCUUACUUCAAUACCUUCACGGAGUUGACAGUUUCAACAGAAACAACCCUUUCUGCAUUCUUGAGAAGAGUCAGAUCGGCAAGGUAAUGUCUCAGAGAGACCAGACGUGGUUUGGUGGGGCUCAGGUACCCCAAUGUGGGGCUAGAGAUGGAAGACACAAGGCACAACUUUGCUGUUGCCAGUUUCAUGAUAAGAGAGUUCUCCCUGCUCCUGUCUUCUUUUCUUUAAACAUACACCCCCUUUUGUUUCUGUAACAGAUCCCUCAAGCCCUCAAGGCUUUAGCAGAAACAUACUGAUCUAGCCUCUGUGGACUGGAUACAACUGAAAAGAAUAGACCUCUGAGGAGACGAUUUAUAGCUUCACACCUUCCCAAAGAGAUCAGGCUUAUGAGUUCCUUAUGUUAGCAUUUGCCCCAUAUCUGAGUUUAAAGUAAGGAGAUUGUGCUAGCACUGUCUUAAGUAGCAAGAAUUCUCAGAGCCCAUUCCUGUUCUUCUGAAGAGAAAUCUGAACAGAAACAUAACGAGAUAUUAUACAUAUGCUCACCUUUGCUAUGGGUGUCACGUCGUAUUAACAUAGAAAAAAAUAAGCCACAUCUAUAUGCUGACUUUUCUGCACAAAUCUACAGAACAGCUCCUCCUUAAGUGAGGGAAUGAAGCACUCUUAAUUACAGCUCAGAGUGACCAAGUGCAAGUACGUGAGAAAACAAAACAGAGGAUAGAUACAAUCUUAGGUGGAGUGUGGUGGCCCUAAACAGCCAGAGGCAAGACUCCACUGUAUAUUCCUGAAGUCGUAUAAUAAUAGGGGCAUUGUGAUUUCCAUCCAAAUACAAAGUCUAUAAAAAGAGUUUGUUACUGCUGUUUAUUCCUGUGGGUCACCAUGCCCUAAAAAGCAGUCUGUUAACUUUGUAUCUUGCUGGCUCAGAACACUCCAAAUACUCCAGUUAUGGUUUGCUGUCUCUUGUUUUAUUUUUUCUGAGGAAGGCGAAGAAACCCAUCUAUGUAAAAACAAGGAAGGAUCAUUUUUGACUCACUACUCACUUUUUCUUAGACAGCUGCAAAGGUCAUCUAUCAUGCCUAAGUAUUAGGACAUGUGGUUCUUCGGGUUGCACAGGAGUCAUGCUAACCUAGUAGUACUAGGUAGAUGUGGUUCACUUCUUUUUUUUUUUUUUCCCUUAUGCAAAAAAAUUAUGUUAUUUGAAUUUUAUUUAUCCGAAAGAGCUGCCUCUGUAUUGUGCAGGCUUCUCACAGAGAGGCAUCCUCAGUAAUGAAAUUUCCCUGUUAAUCCAGUGGUAAUGAAAAGAAUACAAAAGUGAUGUUACUUCUGAGAUUUUCCCCAAGCAUUUUCUCAAGCAAUGUAGAAUUAAUGUAGAUGAACAGUACUUGAACAUCAUUGACCUAAAUCUAGAAAUCUUAGAAACCUGCUGGCUCUGUAUGGAAAUGACCCUUCCCAAAUUGACUUCCUAUAUGUCUCCAAAGCAGUUCACCACUGAGAUUUGACCCCUGACCAGUUCCUUCCCUGGAAUCACCAUUUGCAAACAUUGAGCAUUGUGAACACACAGACUGAAACUCUUUGUCUUCUCUAUUUAGCGUUAGGCACUUUGCAGCAUAGCCACCAACUGCUGCUUCUGCUUUGGGCACUGCUAUUGAGUGCUCCCAGAUACUGCCCCAGCACAAUAUUAACAUUAGGUAUGAGAAAAGGAGGCAAUUCAUUGCUAUCUUUGCCAGGAAAGUCAACUAUUUAGUGUCUUUAUGCAGAGAGAGGACAGAAAUAAAAACGGACAUGAUAUGAUUUCUGGGAUAUUUGGCAAUAUGAAAAAUGCUGUCAUACGGAAUAGGGGUUUAUAAUAAUAAGGGCUCAUCUCAGAAGAAUGUUAACAGAAGAUGGAAAAGGUUGUAAUGGAAAACAAGUGAGAUCAGAAAACACAAUUCCUCUUCCUGGAGCCUGCUGGGAAUGCUGAUUUCAUGCAGACAUGCUAUAGUCAAGUCAGUUCACAAGAGGCUUGCAUUGUCAUUAUACCCCCUGCAACUUUGCCUAUUACAAGUAUACUGGAGGUGACAAGCUCAUUGUCUCUGCUCUCUCAGCUGUUUAGUGAAGAAAAAAAUACUUUUUUUUUUUUUUUUUUUAAUAUCCAUCCAUCAGAGACUGAAGCAAUUAUUGGGUUUAGUGUCAGCCUGAGAUAAUGGAGGAGACUUUUUCAGGUACCUGAAAGAAAAGUCACAGCAUCUUCUAGCUGAUUUCUUAAGGUGUCAGGUGACAUUUAUCACUGUGAAUAAUAAAGUAGGAAAAGUGUGACUAAAAUCAGCAAUAGGAUUAAACACAAUCACAAAUCAAUUUGUCAGCUAUUGCUUGGCUUUUUUUUUUUUUUUUUUUCCCAGGAAUAAAAUACCUUGUGGUAUCUUCUGGACUGUCACCAGGGCUCUAAAGUAAUGGAGAAUACUUGUAGAGCUGGACAAUAGUUUAUUGACAUUCUAAGGGCUAUGCUAAACAGAGUAGUGAGAUUGGCACCAGCAAGCAAUAUAGUAUGUACUUCGGUAGCUGAAUAGUCUGUAACUUUUAAUAUUUUAAUGUUCUUGACUAUUCAGUAUCCGCUAUCUGACAUGUUUCUCAAAUGCAAAAAAGAGCAUCUUCACCCACAUCAAUUAUUAUCAUACUUUUGAAGCAAACACAUUUAGUUUCUUUGUUGUCCAAUUGGCGUAGGUGAGGUUUAACAAGCAUGUAAAUUAAAUGAAUUAUAGCCUUGAAUUUCUUCAGGAGGAAUUUGAUGAUGACACAAACAACUAUUAAAAAAAAAAAAGUCAUGUGCAAACAGCUAUGUUUAAUCUGUCAG